AUGUCUCUGGACGAGGAGGGCAGACCUGUGGCAGAUCGGAGCGAGGGAGGAGUAGAUCCGGUCGCUGGAGGUGCAGAUCUGGUCGCGUGGUAUGCAGAUCUGGCCGCGCAGAGUGCAGAUUUGGAUGCGCGGAGUGCAGAUCUGGUCGCGUGGAGUGCAGAUUUGGAUGCGCGGAGUGCAGAUCUGGCCGCACGGAGUGCAGAUCUGGAUGCGCAGAGUGCAGACCUGGUCACGCGGAGUGCAGAUCCGCAUGCGCAGAGUGCAGAUCUGGUCGCGCGAAGUGCAGAUCUGGUAGCACGGUGUGCGGAUCUGGAUCCGCGGAAUGCAGAUCUGGUCGCGCGGAGUGCAGAUCUGGAUGCGCGGAAUGCAGAUCUGAACGCGCAAUGGGCAGAUCUGGGCGCUGGGAGGGCAGAUCUGGGCGCUGGGAGGGCGGAUCUGGGCGCUGGGAGGGCAGAUCUGGGCGCUGGGAGGGCAGAUCUGGGCGCUGGGAGGGCAGAUCUGGGCGCUGGGAGGGCAGAUCUGGGCGCCAGGAGGGUAGAUAUGGGCGCUGGGAGGGUAGAUCUGGGCGCUGGGAGGGUAGAUCUGGGCGCUGGGAGGGCAGAUCUGGGCGCUGGGAGGGCAGAUCUGGGCGCUGGGAGGGUAGAUCUGGGCGUUGGGAGGGUAGAUCUAGGCGCUGGGAGGGUAGAUCUGGGCGCUGGGAGGGCAGAUCUGGGCGCUGGGAGGGUAGAACUGAGUGCGAGGAGGGCAGAUCUGGGUGCUGGAGUUGCAGAUCUGGACGUGCGUGGAGCAGUGCCUUGGAGGGCGCGCGGGGAGGGAGGACAGCGCCUACAGGGUGCGUGA